ACAAACAUCUUUUUUUAGCUUACUACGUGAACUGUGCGUAUUGCAACUAUCAGCUGUUACUCUCGUUUUAUCUUUGCUAAAUAGGACAAAUAGUUCAUAUUGUUGAAAAAAAUGACGUUGAAUAUACUCAAGUUCCGCGUUUGUAAUCAUGGCUUGCGCCAAUUGAAAGAGUUGUCAAUAUCCUCGACACUAAGAUUAUAUUUAUCUUCUUCAACAGUUGCAAUGAGCACCCAGGAGAAUGAAUGUAAAGGUUAUAGAAUUGAAAGAGAUACAUUUGGAGAACUUAAAGUUCCAACUGACAAGUAUUAUGGUGCUCAAACUCUCAGAUCAGUAAUGAAUUUUCCUAUUGGUGAUACAUUUGAACGUAUGCCUUACAGAGUAAUAGUUGCUAUGGGCAUAAUAAAAAAAGCUGCUGCUGCAGCAAAUACAGAACUUGGUGUUCUGGAUCCAAAAAUUGCUGAUGCCAUUAGUAAAGCUGCAGAUGAUGUAAUAUGUGGAAAAUUAUAUAAUGAUCAUUUUCCCUUAGUUAUUUGGCAGACUGGAUCUGGCACGCAAACUAAUAUGAAUACCAAUGAGGUUAUUUCUAAUCGUGCAAUCGAGAUACUUGGUGGUGAACUCGGCUCAAAAAAACCUGUGCAUCCAAAUGAUCACGUCAACAUGUCGCAGAGUAGUAAUGAUACAUUUCCGUCAGCUAUGCACAUAGCUGUUGCCUUAGAGAUCCAUAAAGUCUUAUUGCCAGGUUUGGAACAAUUGCAUAAAGCAUUACAAGAAAAAGCAGAAGAAUGGAAAGAUAUUAUUAAAAUUGGUAGAACGCAUAUGCAAGACGCUGUUCCGCUAACGUUGGGCCAAGAAUUUUCAGGAUAUGCCACACAACUGGAGUAUGGUAUUAAAAGAGUGAAGGAUACACUCCCAAGAUUGUAUCAAUUAGCUCUUGGUGGUACAGCAGUCGGAACUGGGUUGAAUACCCGAAAAAAUUUUGCAGAAAAAGUAGCUGCAAAAAUCGCCCAACUCACCGAGUUACCGUUUGUUACUGCGCCAAAUAAAUUUGAAGCUUUAGCUACGCAUGAUGCGAUUGUCGAGGUACAUGGUGCUUUAAAUACGGUGGCUGUCUCUGUUAUGAAGAUUGCAAAUGACAUUAGAUUCCUUGGAAGUGGACCUAGAUGUGGUUUAGGAGAAUUAUCUUUACCAGAAAAUGAACCUGGAAGUUCUAUUAUGCCUGGAAAAGUAAAUCCUACACAGUGUGAAGCGAUUACUAUGGUGUGUUGCCAAGUAAUGGGUAAUCAUGUGGCGAUAAGUAUUGGUGGCAGUAAUGGUCAUUUUGAACUCAACGUUUUUAAACCGGUUAUCGUUGCCAAUGCUUUGAGAUCCGCAAGACUAUUGGGUGAUGCUUGCUCCGCGUUCACCAAAAAUUGUGUAGUAGGCAUUAUUCCAAAUGUUGACAAUAUAAACAAAAAGAUGAAUGAAAGUCUGAUGCUUGUAACGGCACUGAAUACACAUAUCGGUUACGAUAAGGCUGCUGCGAUUGCUAAACAAGCACAUAAAGAAAACCUCACACUAAAAGAAUCUGCCUUGAAAAAUGGAAUAACGGAGGAACAAUUUAAUCAGUGGGUUAAACCUGAACAAAUGCUUGGUCCAAAAUAACUUGUAUACAAAAAGAUAUUUAAUGAAAACAUACUGUUCCGUUUGUGUACUUAUAAUACACAAUAAUGAAAAAUAUUAACAUUUCUUUUAUGUAAUGCAAAGUUUAUUAAUCUCAUAUUAUUUAACAAAUUGAAAUACACAUGUUCUUUGAAUUUUUGAUAAUUUAUCAAAAACCGCUGCAAAUCUGUAAUUUGGUUGUGCGUAUUACUUAUUAAUAAACACAUUAAAAUUUUAUUAGUCAGCAAUAUA